GCUAGGCACCACGCACAACAACAAGAUCGCACACGCAGCUACUCAUUAAUGGACAACUCAGUUUCGCCUCAGACCAACACGAAGACCUGUAUUCCGCGAGUUUUCACUUCGUCUGCCGAUUAUCGCCUCCAAGUCACGCCUCGGUCCUACGUCUUCUUCGAGGACUCGCGCCCUGACGCCCCCACUGGUAGCACCAUCGCUAUUUGCCUUCCGGGUAUUGGGGAUACUCGACGUCAGUUUCGCUUGUUGGCACCCCUGUUGCAUGAUAAACUCGGCUUUCGUGUUCUUCUCGGAGACUUGCGCGGCUUCGGCGAAUCGACAUCGUUCGAUGACAACCAGGCGGACAACUACUCCGCCUACUCCCCGGAAGCUGUAGCGUCCGACGUGACAAGCUUGAUGGAGAAACUGAGCGCGACCGACCCGAAUUGCAGUUUUGUGCUGCUUGGCAACUCGCUCAGCGCUGGGUCGAUGGUGCUCGCCGCGGCUGUAGCCAAUAGGGAGCCAUCGGGUCCUCGUAUCAGCGCACUGGUCUUGCUUGGACCUAUCCUUCGGGAUUCUCCGAUGGACUCGUGGUUUCGGCCUCUUUCGCAUUUGAUGUUUCGUCCGCUAUACGGGGCAUGGGUGUGGGGAGCGUACUAUAAAACUCUCUUCCCGGGAAAGCUGCCGGACGAUUUCGAUGUAGAGCUCGACAUUCUCAAAACGCACUUGAAAGCUGAGACGGGCAACAUUAUCAACGUGGGCCGCUUUGCUCGAGCUAGUAAAGUCGGCGUCGCGUCCACUCUUAAAAGUAUAGGGGAGCAUCCGACCAUGCCCGCGCUUGCUUUCUUUGGUCGGAAGGAUCCGGAUUACGCGGACAUCAAAGCUGAAAUCGAGUGGUUCAAGGGGGCAGUCCCGCACGCCCAGUGCUUUGAGGAUGCCGACGGUGGCCACUACCCGCAUCUCGAAAGCCCGGAACGCGUCGUUAAGGCGAUACAGAAUAGUUUGGCCUUCACAAACCGCGGGUAGGAAGGAGUAGACACCACGUGUUUCGUUUUAUGAGUAAAUGAUCAUUUGACCUGC